GGGUGCAGGUAAAGAUGUCACGUGACCGUGCAUCCUAGUUCUCGUCAGAGUGACUUCCACUAGAUGGUGCUUUGCUGUUCGGACUGCCUGGACUCGAAGAGUCAGUUGCUCCUUGGAAGACUUCCAGUCUGUCAGGUAGUUAUGCGGACGGCUCUGCGUCUCUGCGGCUCGAUUCACCCGAGGUUCACGUCGCUGUAGGUUCGCUCGGUACAGUGUUUUUCCGAUACCCAACAUUAACUUCUCAGAUACUGUGACGGCCGCGAAUUCCCUGUGAUACCAGCCAGUAACAUGUCAAUGUUCAGCACGGGCGUCCUUGUGCUGACUUCUCCUCUCCACACUCUCCCCCUGCGCAUCGCUCCGGUGCUCAGCUCGGCUGCCCAGCUUGUAGAGCGCACGCUGUACGUCCACCUCCACCCUGGGCUGAACUUGGGAAAUGGCAGCCAGCCUCGGCCAGUUUUCAUACCGUCAGUGGUGGACCUGUCGACGGUCAUUACCCGCCUUUACAGCAAUGCAGCGGAUAUAUGCGGGCACCUGGAUAUUCGGGUGUUGCUGACCAAUGUCCGCGCUCAGUCAGCUUCUUGCAGUGGGACCACAGUUACAAACUGCCCCUUCCCCACUCCACAACCUCUAUCUCACUCCCCAGAUGUGCUGCUAACAGACUUCCCACUGCAGGACUCAGGUCAGUCCCAUCAAGUCUCCCAGUGUCUGCAGAAGUACACUGGCCGCUGUUACACCUGUAGCCCCAACCUGCCCUCAGUGCUGCUUCACCCACAGUUAAUGAGGCUCCAGAAGAACGUGGAAGGGCUGAAAGAGCCUGAGGAAAAGGCAGAACCUUUGGAAACGUACACUGAUGUGGUGGUAGGGGGGACGUUUGACCGGCUCCAUGGGGCCCACAAGACGCUGCUCAACAUCUCCUGCCUCCUAGCCAAUAGAAGGUUCCUUAUUGGUGUGUGUGACCAACCAAUGCUGAAAAAAAAAGUGCUAAAGGAGCUGAUCGAGCCCUACUCUCUGCGUGUACAGAGACUACAGGGGUUCCUGCAGGACAUCAAACCGUCACUACAGGUGGAGAUUGUGCCCCUCGACGACCCCUUUGGAGUGUCUGCAGUUGACCCCCUGCUGCAGUGUAUCGUGGUUAGCGAGGAGACUAAAAAGGGAGGCGAGGCUGUGAACAAGAAACGCAUCGAGAAUGGCCUUCCAGCUCUUGUUCUCCAUGAGAUCCAGUUGCUUAAAGAUGCCCACCACACUGAGACAGAGGAGGAAAAGAUCAGCUCGUCCAGUCUACGCUCUCGACUCCUGGGCACCCUCCUUACCCGGCCUAAAGACACAUCCCAUCUCCCUCCCGUCCCAUAUGUGAUCGGCCUGACGGGAGGCAGCGGCAGUGGAAAGAGCUCCAUCGCCAGGCGGCUGGAGGCUCUGGGUGCAGUCCGGAUCGACUGUGACAAAAUGGGGCACGAGGUGUAUCAGCCGGGGGAAGCAGCCUAUCACAGAGUGAUUGAAGAAUUUGGGUCAGAUAUUGUGAAUGAAGACAAAACGAUAAACAGACGUGCAUUAGGAAGGAAAGUUUUCGGAAACCAGGAGCGGUUAAAGGCCCUAACAAAUAUUGUUUGGCCUGAGAUCGCACUUCUGGUGAAGAGCACAAUCAGCCAAGCCAGAGAGGAAGGUAAACAAGUGUGUGUGGUGGAUGCAGCAGUUCUCCUGGAGGCCGGCUGGACAGACAUGGUCCACGAAGUCUGGGUCACCGUUAUCCCAGAGGAGGAGGCGGUGUUGAGGAUAACAGAGCGAGACGGUGUGACCACAGAAGAUGCCGUGCGCAGGCUGAAGAGCCAGUGGCCUAACGCCAAACAAGUGGAACACGCCAAUGUAGUGCUCAGCACGCUGUGGGAACCAGAGGUCACGCAGAGACAGGUAUCGAAAGCUUGGAAUCUUCUACAGAAGCGAAUCCAACAGAAGCAAGAGAGACAGUAGGGACAUGUAUGGGUCACUGCAUCAUCAUAAUUGUGAACCACGCACGCAAGUGUACGUCAGGCCCAGCGACAAACUGACCCGCAUCAGGACAUUUUGCCUAAGAAAGAAGUGAAACGGCCACUGUGCCUUCGCAGCAAACCCAGCAUGCUCUCUUUGACCAAGACUGAUGGACUUUCCACAGAUUUUUAAACCCUUGGUUUUAUUUUAAAGAUGCAUAGUUGAAAGAUUGAUGGAUGUGGACAAGAACUGAUGUUUUUUUCCCCCCACAAAUCGCAUGCCUUUAAAUGGAUACCAUUGUUUAAAUGAUAGUCCCAACAUUCAGCAGUUCUCAAUCAUUGAAGACCAAACUUUUCUGCAAAUACAAUAUUUUAGGGAAUCUGUCAGCUGAUGACACUUUAUAAGUUCUGUCCUCUUUUCAUGGUGUCUAUGAUUUAAUAUGAAUGUAGUGAAGAAAAAAUGGUUAUACUUUUUUUUUUUUUUUAAAUAAGAUUGAAUCAUUAAAAUAUGGGCGAUAGAUUGAAAGCCUCCUUGACGGAGGUGAAUAUCCUAGAGUAGUUGUCAUUGAACACACUGGGCACUGAAGUAGCGUGUGAAACUGAAAGAAUCAGUACAUUGACAAUUGAAGGAAAGCACCUAGAAUGCUAAUUUAGAUAAACCGAGCUCAGUUAUUUUGGAACGAUAAUGGAAAGCCCCAAAUUGCAGAGGCCAGUAGAAAAAAAUGGAUGACUGCUUAAAAAUGUUGUUGAAAUGAAAAUAAUGUACAAAAGUCUGCUGAAAACAUAUAGAUGGCAAUCCCAGAAAAUGCACUUGGUAACUUUUUGUUUUGUCUUAUAAGAGCCAGUUGUCACAUGACCAACCUUCUACACAAGAUCUCCAGACCCUCCGAGUGGCAACGUAUACAAACGAGCCUGAAAAAAGCCAAGAGCAGCAGCAGAGUUAAAUCCUAAACUCUUCAUGUGUUUGGCUUUGGGUAGAUUUAAUGUUGCCAUAUCUCACAACAAGAAUAAAGUACUACUUUUUCAAGCUGUGUUGGUUGGUCGUUGCAUUGUCUUGCAUGUGAGCUGCAAACUCAGUUAAAUGCUUUGUAAAAUGGAAAAGAAAAAUAAAUUAAAUAUUUUUAA